CGGCGGUCAUGGAGUUACGCGCGUUUCUGCUCGGUCUGUGCGCCCUCGGAGCGUCGGGGCGGCCCCAGAGCGGGGCGCAGGCGGAGGAGCCCUCGGGGCCGGGGCGCCCCUCGGACUGGAAGUUCCUGCGUCAGGUGUACAGUGAGUGCUUCGUCGGUAGCGCGGACGCGUUGGUGUGUCUCAAGCAGCGGGCCGUCCGCGCCCUGGACCAGGCGGCCAAGCUCCAGUCGAUACCGUUGAUCGAUGGCUUCUCGCUCACGAGAACGGUGAACGACUCGGCGCUCCUCGACGAGGAUCCGCAGCUCGACGCCGGCGACGCCUUGCCCCGGGACAUGGACCAGAAGGACCGGGCGCUCGACAACAUCAUCCUCAAGAAGCUCGAGCGCUUCUUCGCCGCCAGAUCCAUCACCGUUGACAACAGUCACAAUGAAGUUGAUGGACGAAAGAAAAAGGAGAAAGAGCUACACCACUACUUGAUGAUGGCAGCGGCGACAGCGGCGGCCAUCUUGGGGCCCCUCGCAUUCAAAUCGCUGGCUAUCAUUGCGACCAAAGCCCUUGUGGUGAGCAAAAUUGCCAUCGUGAUAGCUUCCAUCGUGGCCAUCAAAAAACUCUUCUCGCACCCGCAUCAGGAGUCGGAGGUUGUCUCUCACCACUACGGCAGGAGCCUGCGACACGCUCCUAACACGGACGCUGCGCGACUUGCCUACAACGCCCACCAACCAAAAUACCGAGAGAAACGGAUGGUUGAUCCGGAGGUUGGAGGGAGAUCGAUCCUAGGAGGGCUGGAAGGACUCCCUCUGGAGGCCACUUCGGCGGCUGUUCUGGGGCUCACACUCAUGGAGAUCCUGUGGUGGGUCCAGUUCAAGAGCCAGGAACCGAAGAUCCAAUCCGUCCUGGAUAACAUCCCGCAGCACAUGAUCGACGAUACGCGUUAUCCGGCCUGAUUUCUCCCUCAUGAAAUUUUUCGUCUGCUCCUCACUGAACAUCACUGCCGUGGUAUGGAAGAACGCCGUAUGAACGUUCGAGAGUUGCCAAAUUUUCGCUCAUAAAAUGUUCAUUUUU